AUGGUCAUCACCACCUUCUCCAGCUCAAGUCGUGUCUCCGCGCUCUCUCCCCGUUCUUCCGCCGCUCUCAUCUCGGGCCACCGUCGCAUGCCCGAAGUCUUGACCUGCCUCGCUAAAUUAAGCCUGCACCACCAUGCCGAGGGAAGAAAAACUAGAAGAGGGGUAUUUUUAGUGCCAUUAAUUUUGACCACGUGCCCCGAAGGUAAACCCGAUGGCCAUUGCGCAAAGGCUCCUCAUCAGUAUGGCCUGCGAGGCCAACGCGCAACACUGGCCAAGGACUGCUAUUCUGCUUUUAGGAUUGCUCCUAGUUGGGAUUGUGUCCUCCAAUCCGCUUCCGAGUAGGACUAAUAGGACAACUUUACUGGAGAAGCGAUGGGAGAGCCUCUUCUCCCGCUCCGUGCUGGGGAUCUCUGGAGAGAGACCAGAGGCGAACUGGGAAAAUGACUAUUUGCUGGGCAUUAAAAGAGUGCGGAGGCUGUACUGCAAUGUAGGCAUCGGGUUUCAUCUUCAGGUCCUCCCAGACGGCAAGAUAAACGGUGUACAUAAUGAGAACCAGUACAGUCUCAUAGAGAUCUCCACUGUGGCCAGAGGAGUGGUUAGCCUGUACGGUGUGAAAAGCGAGCUGUUUGUCGCAAUGAAUAACAGAGGAAGGUUGUACGGAACGGCUACCUUUAAAGAUGAAUGCAAGUUCAAGGAGACCCUGCUGCCAAAUAACUACAAUGCCUACGAGUCCUCCGUUUACAAGGGAUUCUAUGUCGCUCUCAGCAAACACGGCCGAGUGAAGCGAGGCAACAAGGCCACCACCGCCAUGACGGUCACCCACUUCCUCCCUCGAAUAUGAGCAGACUCUGGCAAUACUUCUUCAUUUGCACUGAUCUCCCAGAGAGAGCUGAAAACUGACUCACAAACAUACAAUCAACUGCAAGAAUAUCACCAAAAUAGUACUUAUGCUGUUUUUUUUAUAUGUAUAUUUGGAUAGGUCAGCUUUUUAUUAGAAUCUCUGAAUAUGUUAUCCGUCGCUGCUUACUUCUUUUAUUUAAAUAUACGAUUGAUUAUGGA